UAAACGUUCUACUGCUGCUGAGUGCUGGUUGCUGCUGCCGGUUGGACUGUGGCCGAAUUCUGAUAACCGUGGAUAGUGGUUGAUAUUUUGGUACCUGGCAGAGGAACGAGUGGCAAGAUGAAGCGACAGAAGAAAAUUGACAGCUUUUUCGUCGCAAAACGUUCUGCUCCAUCUUCCGCUGUCCAGGAGCCUGUCUCCUCCUCCGUCGCAGAGCUGCCUGCCUCUGCCUCCGUCGCAGAGCCGCCUGCCUCUGCCUCCUCCGCCGCAGAUCCGCCUGCCUCUGCCUCCUCCGCCGGAGAGCCGCCUGCCUCUGCCUCCUCCGUCGCAGAGCCGCCGGCGUCUGCCUCCUCCGCCGCAGAUCCGCCUGCCUCUGCCUCCUCCGCCGGAGAGCCGCCUGCCUCUGCCUCCUCCGUCGCAGAUCCGCCUGCCUCUGCCUCCUCCGUCGCAGAGCCGCCUGCCUCUGCCUCCUCCGUCGCAGAGCCGCCGGCGUCUGCCUCCUCCGCCGCAGAUCCGCCUGCCUCUGCCUCCUCCGCCGGAGAGCCGCCUGCCUCUGCCUCCUCCGUCGCAGAUCCGCCUGCCUCUGCCUCCUCCGUCGCAGAGCCGCCUGCCUCUGCCUCCUCCGUCGCAGAGCCGCCGGCGUCUGCCUCCUCCAUCGCAGAGCCGCCUGCCUCUGCCGCGAUAUCCACUUCUGGGCACCAGAGCACACCUCUCUCGCCAAGUCCAUCUCCCGGCCCGUCUGGUUCCUGCGAUCCGUCACCAUGGCGCGUCCCGGAUAUGGACACCCCAAAUCAGCCCCCGGGGAAAUCCAUCCCGAAACAAGAUCUCGGUGGACGGAAGCUGUCGUUCAUGGAUCACUGGUACACUCUGCAUCCUUGGAUCCACUUCUGCCCCACUCGAGGGAAGGUGCUGUGUUUCCACUGCGCCCGGGCCAACGCGCUGAGCAGUAGUGUCCCGGCGAAAGAAAAAGCGUUCAUCACCGAAGGCUUCAGCAAUUGGAAAAAGGCACUGCAGAGAUUUUCACAGCACGCGCGCUCCGAGCAUCAUCUGCGUAGCCUGCCACCCUCACGCAACUCUAUCACAGGAGUAAUAGAAACAGCUGACGCCAAGCAGCAGGAAGUCAACAGGGCAAACCUCAUGAAGGUCAUCACGAGCAUCAUAUACUUGGCCAGACAGGGUCUGGCGUUGAGGGGUCAUGGAAAUGACGACGGCAACCUCAUCGAACUGCUCAAACUCCGAGCAUGCGACAGCGAAGAGCUGGAGCAGUGGCUACGGAGAAAGGAACGCUAUCUGCACCAGGACACGCAGAACGAGAUACUUCAGCUCGUCAGUCAUGAAGUUCUCCGCAACAUCAUAUCGGGCAUGCGCGACGCCGUGGAUGGCGAAGUACCCGACGUGCCGCCCUUCUCGGUGAUAGUUGACGGCACACAGGACAUCAGCGGUAACGAGCAACAGUCGAUUUGCGUGCGAUAUGUGGACAAUAGGGCCAAGGAAAGCUGUGACGUCUCGACCAUGCUCCGGAACGCUCUGUACACCAUCAACGAGGUGGGUCGACUGUUCGCCGAGUCAUUGAAGUUCCGAGAGAAGUUCGCUGAACUUUGCGUGUGCGAAAACGAAUCGCCGAAGAAGCUGCGGCCACUGUGUCCUACACGGUGGACAGUGCGACUCCAGGCUGUGGACGCCGCUCUCGACCGCUACGACGAGGUACUGAGCACUGUGGAAGAGCUGGGUGCCGGCCGUACUCAUGUAGCAGCGAGAGCCGCUGGUCUACACGCGCAGCUGCGAAAAAAAUCAACUCUUCUGGCGCUGCACAUGGCGCGUGUGGUACUGGCGCCACUGGAUCGCCUAAACAGGGCCGCCCAGGGCUCGCGCUGCACGGUAUCACAGCUGAUGAGCAGCGUCCGGCUCACCAAGGAGCUCCUGCAGGCUGAGCGUGACAACGCCGACCACACGAUCCAGGGGCUUUUGCGAAAGGUGGAGGCGUCCAGCUGUGAUGCUCCCAUGACGCUGCCUCGCCAGAAGCGCGUCCCAGCCCGGUUUGCGGGGGCCGGAGAGCAGCACCACGCCGAGGACCUGCCCCAGUACCUGCGGGAACAGCUGCUGCUGGCGAUAGACUCGGCCUGCACGCAACUGUCGGACCGCUUCGACCAGGAGGGCGUCCGGGAACACGGCAAGGUUGAGAAGGCACUGUUGUCUUCCCUGAACGUGAAGGAACUGGACCAACUUUUCCAGGAGAGUCCAUGGAGGGAAGAUAUAUCUGUCGCCGACCUGGCACCGCAGCUGCAGGUGCUGUUUAAGAACAACCGUCCGGAGAAUUUGGACGCAGCGAAAGCUACGGUGGCUGACCUUGAGGAGAGCGCGCGGGCCAUGUUUCCGGACGCAGUGAAGCUGGUCCGACUCCUGCUUACUCUUCCCGCGUCGUCUGCGACCGCUGAGAGGAGCUUCAGUGCCCUCCGUCGACUGAAGACGUGGCUGCGCUCCACGAUGGGUCAGGCGCGGCUGAACGCUGUGGCCGUCUGCCACGUUCAUCGGGACCGGGUGGCCACUGUGAACGCCGACCGAGUGGCGGCCGCGUUCAUCAGUCUCAACGCCCGCCGGGAGCGUGUGUUUGGCCGGGUGUAG